ACUUACCGGCAUUUAGCCGUUUUGUUAGACGACAACGAUAAUGUUGCUUUGAUUUUCGUUAGCAGUUUAGCCAUGUUUCCAGAGUAUUUUUUUUCUAGAAAAUUGUUCGUUUUUUUUUUUGUACUGAAAAGGUUCAAAUACAUGUACUAUAAUUUGUCAAUCGUAACAUAACGAACUGGACAUAACACCAUGCAACAUGAUGUAAUAAAGAUCAUCUUGAAACAGUUACGCAUUGUCAAUUUGUCUUGAUAUUUGAACAUUUACCAGCCAGUACAACAUUGACAAAUUAUAGUACAUGUGAAAUGGAGGAAAUGGAUGACGACCUUAGCCGAAAGAGAACUUUAACAGAGAAAGGGCGUGAAUAUACCAUGAACUUGAAGAAAGGGGAAAGAGAAGCGAAGCUUAACAGAUUGAAGAAAGAGAGUGAUAAUUUGGAACAAUUGUUACAGUGUACAUUAGAUCCGCUAGUAAUAAAACAGUCUCAUGCAAAGUGGCUUCAAUACUACGAAGAAUUUAUUGAGGCUAAUGAGUGUUAUCAACAAUUCUUAUCUCCUGAUGAAAAAAAGUCUGACGAUGAUGCAUUGAAAUUAUCCUAUGAACAAUUGUGUGAUUUGAAAAAACGUGUUGAACAAUGGUUUUCGGUGAAGAUGCAACAAGCCGAAAAUAAGACUUCUAAAACAAGCCCCGGAAGUACAUCUAGUGCGGUAUCUCGUCAUAGUUCAGUAUACAGCCAAUUAUCAAUAGAAAAGUUAAAAGAAAGUCAAAGGAAGAUAGAACUAUUGACAAGAGCCGCAGCUUUAAAGGAAAGACAGAAAAUCGAAGAAGAAAAGUUAAAACUGAAAAUAAAAGAGGAAGAGUUAGAAUUAUCCACUGAAAUUAAAAUAAGUGAUGCUAAAACCAAGGUUAUGGAUGAAUUAGAAAAAAGCAUACGUAUGGAUGAAAAUAUUUUUGAGGAGACCAACUUACCAUUAAAUCUUGAUGCUCCAGAGUUCAAACCAGAUAUGGAAAGGGUUUCACCUCCACCAACGCUACCAAAGUCUGCAAACCCUCAAAUGAAUAGUUACAUGAAACCUGAGUGUACCUACAGUACCACUAACAUUUACAGUAGUAAUGAGAACGAUGGCCUACAUAGGGUGACGCGUGAACUGAAUAAACCAAAGUCUGAAAUUAUCAAGUUUGAAGGAAAUCCUAUGGACUACAACAGAUUCAUUAGACAGUUUCAGACAAGAGUGUUAAAUAACACUGAUUCGUAUGAUGAGCGCAUGAAUUUCUUACUACAGUUUACAACUGGUGAAGCACACAAAAUAGCUUCAGGAUAUUCACACUUGAGUGCUGAAGUAGGUUUCACAGCUACAAUGAAGGAAUUCAAAGACAGAUAUGGUGAUCCCGAUGUGGUAGCUAACGAGUAUGUUAAAAAAGCCUUAGAAUGGUCCGUCAUAAAAGCAGACAAUCCAAAAGCAUUAGAUCAAUACUCUAUAUUUUUAAAGGAAUGCUUAUACGCAGUUGAGAAUGUGGAAGCGGCUAGGGUUCUUGAAUACUCUGAGAACAUUAAGCGCAUCAUCAUGAAGUUACCGUAUUACCUGCAUGAGAGGUGGCGCACAAUAGUAUAUGAGUUAAAGGAAAAGAAUCGCGUUGUAAAAUUCAACAACCUUGUCUCAUUUGUACAAAGGGAAGCUAAGAAGGCCAACGACCCAUUGUAUGGGAAAACGGUGAUGAGUGUGGAGUCGCAUAGUACACGUGCGCCUACGUUGAAUCAAAGGAAGCCGUAUAGAAGUUUCGCUACAAAUACAAGCAAUGACGAACAUAGAGAGUUACUACCUGAAACAAGUCUAUCCGAACACGUUGUGCAGUGUGUGUAUUGCAGCGCUGAACAUUCGCUGAAUUCUUGCCAGGACAUCACCAAACAGCCACUUAAAGAAAGAUACCAGUUCUUGAGAUCAAAGGGUUUAUGCUUUGGUUGCCUGAAGCCAGGGCAUCAGAAGUCAAAUUGUAACAGGAAGAUGGAAUGUCAUAUCUGCAAGAGACCACACCCAAGUAUUCUCCAUGUGGAACCCACGGACAAUGAAAAAUUUUACACAAAAACGGCUGCAACGUCUACAGGGGCUGGAAUUCGUCAAGUUUUGCCUAUUGUUCCUGUGAAAAUUAAAUCUAAAAGUAGUAGCAAAGUUGUAGAAACAUAUGCAUUUCUUGAUACUGGUAGUACAUCAACAUUUUGUUCUGAAAGUUUACUUAGUAAAUUAAAUGUAUUAGGGAAAGGACAUAAAGUCACAAUCCAGACUAUUACUGAAAGGCAAACGCGAGACUGUCUUGCUGUUACGGGUCUAGAGAUUUUGUCUUUAGAUGAGAAUGAAGUUAUUGACUUGCCAAAGAUAUACUCUCAGACAAAGUUGCCGGUAACAAUUGCAGAUAGAAUAACAAAGUCCGAGUUAGAAAAAUGGCCACAUUUGAAAAACGUUGAAUUACCUACGAUUGAUCAGUCGAAUUGCGAUGUUGAACUCUUGAUUGGCGUCGACGUACCUAGGGCACUGGAGCCUUGGGAUGUUAUUCCCAGUGUUGACAACAGUCCGUUUGCGGUUAAGACCCUAUUCGGCUGGGCUGUAAAUGGUCCCAUAGACUAUAGUGAUGUUGAUGCUGAAUGUUUAAACGCGUUUUCAGUGACAUGUAACUUCAUUCAGACAAGUCUUGAUCAGCAAGUUAGAAAUAAUUUUAACCUUGAUUUCAGUGAACGCGUAAUUGAUGAUGUUCCGGAACAUUCUUGCGAAGAUAAGCGAUUUUUAGAGAUAGUGGCAGGAUCUGCAAGGUUUGAAAAUGGACACUAUGUAAUGAACUUACCAUUUAAGUCGAAAGACAUACAAAUGCCUAAUAACAGACAGGUAGCUAUACACAGACUGUCAUUACUAGGAAAGCGUUUCAAAGGUGAUGCAGAAUUUCAAGGACAGUACGGUGAUUUCAUGAAUAAGAUGAUGGAGAAUGGCUAUGCGCGAAAGGUUCCAAGUAGGGAUUUGACACAGAACGAUGGAUGUGUUUGGUAUUUGCCGCAUCAUGGUGUAUUCCAUCCAAAGAAAAACAAAAUACGUGUUGUAUUCGACUGUGCGGCACGUUUUCAAGGAAGGUCCUUGAAUGAAGAAUUAUUGCAAGGUCCGAACCUUACGAACACUCUUAUUGGAACAUUGAUCAGGUUUCGCGAGGAGCAAGUUGCUAUUAUGGGGGACAUAGAUAGCAUGUUUUAUCAGGUUAGGGUCCCAGAAUGUGAUGCUAGUUUGUUACGGUUUCUAUGGUGGGAAGAUGGGGACAUUAAUAAACAUAUUGUUGAAUAUCAAAUGAUGGUUCAUUUGUUCGGUGCAAGGUCCUCGCCGAGUUGCGCGAAUUAUGCAUUGAAAAGAACUGUACAAGACCGUAGUGAUGACAUUGAUGAAGAAAUAGCUGACACUGUUAUGAAAAACUUUUACGUGGACGAUUGCUUAAAAUCCGUUGAUACUGUUGAUCACGCGAAAUCAGUUGUGAAAGGUUUACAAAAAGCUUUGAGUCAGGGCGGGUUUCACAUAUCAAAGUGGUUGAGCAACAGUCGUGAGGUAAUGCAGGCAGUUCCUGCUAGUGACAGAGCCAAAGAAAUUCAAGAUUUAGACCUGGACCAAGACGUUCUUCCCAUUGAUCGUGCACUUGGGGUGCAAUGGAAUGUUGAGUCCGAUAUGUUCUGUUUCAAGGUCCACCUCAAGGAACGUCCACUUACCAGGAGGGGGAUGUUGUCUAUGAUUAGCAGCGUGUAUGACCCUUUGGGAUUCCUGGCGCCAUUUAUGCUUCAAGCUAAGAAUCUUUUGAAAGAUCUGUGUAGGUUAGGUCUAGGCUGGGAUGAUCCUGUCCCAGAAAAAGUUGUCGAGCGGUGGUAUCUGUGGCUAAAUGAUGUUGAAAAGCUAUCCGACUUCAGCGUUACUAGGUGUUUGAAGCCAUCACUGUUUGGAAAAAUUACUUCCGCUGUCCUACAUCAUUUUUCUGAUGCCAGUGAAAGUGGAUACGGAAUUGUCACAUAUCUCAGAUUAGUAGAUUCAGAUGAAAGAGUUCAUUGCUCAUUUGUGAUUGGAAAAUCGCGUGUUGCGCCGUUGAAACAGGUCACAAUACCGAGAUUAGAACUUACAGCUGCUACAGUUGCUGUUCGCACAGACAGAAUGGUGAAAUCAGAAAUUGACAUUCCGUUCAAUGACUCAGUGUUUUGGACUGAUAGUAUGUCGGUUCUUCGCUACAUUAUGAAUACCACAUCAAGAUUUCACACAUUUGUAGCUAAUAGACUAUCGGUAAUUCAUGAAGGUUCGAACCCCGACCAGUGGCGGUAUGUGAGCACGAAGCUCAACCCAGCGGACAUAGCUUCCAGGGGUAUUCCAGCAACUGACCUCUCGAGGCAUUGGAUUGAAGCACCAGAAUUUUUGUGGAAGUCCAUAUUACCGGAAACUACCAUUCAAGUAUCAGAUUCUCUACUUGAUGAUGACCCCGAGGUUAAGAAAAUAAACUUCGUGAAAUCAGUUACAAACAAUGUUACUUUUGAAUCAAUUGAAGAGGAUCCAAUUCACAAACUAAUAUUACACUAUUCUUCAUGGCUAAGACUUAAAAGAGCAGUAGCCUGGAUACUUAAGGUUCGCGCAAAGUUGUUGCAACGCGUAAAGUGUAAGUCUAGUUCGCAAAGUCAUUUUUCUGGUGACAUUGACCGUGGUUGUCCUGACAUAACAGUUCAUGACUUAAAUCUAGCUGAAAUAAUUGUCAUCAGUUAUACUCAGAAAAAUGCAUUCCCAGAGGAAAUCGCGACUCUCGCGUCCGGAAAGUACAAAUUGAAAAGAGACAGUUCGAUAAGAAAUCUUGACCCUGUUCUUGAUGAUGGACUUUUGCGUGUUGGAGGUCGUUUAAACGAGUCAUGUAUGCCAAUUGAAAGCAAAAAUCCUAUCAUAUUGCCAAAAAACUGUCAUGUUUCUAGUCUAAUAAUGAGACAAAUUCAUCAAGAUCUCAACCAUGUUGGUCGAAACCAGAUGCUUUCGAAAUUAAGAGAAAGAUUUUGGCUGAUCAAUGCACCGUCAGCUAUCAGAAAAAAUCAUUUCAAAAUGUGUAGUUUGUAG